GCUAAAUCGGCCACUAUUACACUUUACACAAAUUUACUCAUUGUUCUUUUUUUCCCAGCUACUAAACAUCAGCAGUACUAUCCCGGUCACAACAAUGGAGUCCAAAGACCUCCCAAUUGCUCUGGCGCCGUCGACGACACUUUCUGCCUUUCCGACUUCCUCGGAUGAAGCUACGGAUUGGAAUAUUCUAAGUCCGGAUGCAAAAUCGCCGGCGCCUCCAACAACGCCAUCGACGCCGUCAUCCUUUCAAGAUAUACGGCGAUGGAGACCGGCGGCGCAACGAAACCUGAGAAACCAGUGGUCAAAGCUGUCUUCUCUUCGGACUCAAUGGCUUUCCUUAUCCUCCACCGCUCGAUCAUACGCCACUUAUGUAGUAAACUCUUAUCUUUCCCAAAGGUAUAUGGAUGCAAUGGAGUUAGGUAUAUUGAAAGAGAUGCCUGAUAUACGUAAAAAAGCAUGUAGGAAAUUGUUCAAGCAGCAGGAGACUAAUAGGAGGAAGCUCUUGUCAUCUUACAAAGAUAUGGUGGCUGUUGUAACUCAGAUGGUCAAUGUUUCUAAAUGUAUGAGGUGUUAUCUCAAAGGAACAAGUGGCACCCCACUUACUGAGUUUUCUUGCUUCCCCGGAAAUCAGAAUGACACUGGUGAUUGUGAUGGGAUUCCUGUUUUCACCUUUUGGUCAAUCUUUGAUUUCGAGAAACUGGCAGAGGAGCUGGUCCAGAUGUUUGUGUCAGAAACAAAGCUAAAGCGGUUGCUAGUGAUGGAAAUAUGCUCCAUUGGUUUCGAUGAUUUUUCACACGUUGACAAGCUGAAAUGGAGUGAUCAUUUCUAUGUCGGAGAAUUUGAUGAUCUACGCAUAUGUGAUUCAAACUCAAACGAGGUUCUUAAGCAACUCGUGCCCAAGGUAGAGAGCUGCGAUUCUCAGUCUACCACCAUGCAAUCAAGUAGUCAAUUAGAGAGGAACGUUCUCCAGGUUUACUUAACAACCUGGCUCGCAGAAGUCAAUGUCGAUAGAUCCAGGAUAGGUGAAUUAUUUGCUAUUGUAGGUGAGGAGAUGCAUGUUACCAUAUCAUGAAACCUCAACUACACAGAUAGGUAAACAAUGGUGGACAAACGCUUAAUAUUCUCUAUUGUUGCUCAACUCCAAGAUUGAAACUUGAAGAGGCAUUGGACUUGGACAUUCUUUAGGCUCAUCCAUAUGCCUGAAGAGGCAUUGAGCUGAUCUUCAAGCUUCUAAGGUUUUUAUCUUCAAACUUCUUUAAAACAAUGCUGAUGAAUAUUGGACCUGAAUAGAGAGGAAUGGAUACAAAGGAUUCGCAUGGAUGACCCCAACUAAAUUGAGGUUGAGGCAUAUAAGAACUGACUUAAGUUGGGAUUUAGAUAGUGAAGUUGUCCAGGAGGAACUUUCCAACUUACAAACAAGACUACUGAUGUUUUCCAGACAAUACUGCAAUAAUGGCUGCUAAAUGCUGUCUUUGUUUGUCAAAGCAUCCAGCGGAUGAAGUACACCAACAUCAAUACAUUUAGUAUUAAUAUGAAAGUGAAGAGGCUCGGGCUAUCAAGAACCUCUUAUGCUUGACAGUUUUCUAACUCCGAUUCUUUUUUCUUUUGUGGUAGGCUAGAGAUUCUAUGUACAUAAUUUUGUUUUCCCUGAUUUUACCAUUUGCAUCAAAAUUGAUAUCAACGUCAGAA